AAGUGACGCAGCGCGACGCCGCCAUGAGGGUCUGGGCCGGAGCAGUGCGGGCGGCGGUUCGCGCUGGGUCGGGUCUCGGCGAGUUCCGGGAGCGCUUCGAUUUCGGCGGCCGCGAUGUGGCCUCCUGGUUCCCGGGACACAUGGCGAAAGGCCUACGGCAGAUGCGGGCCUCCCUGCGGCGUGCCGACUGCCUCAUCGAGGUGCAUGACGCUCGUAUCCCUCUGUCGGGCCGUAACCCCGAGCUGCAGGAGGUGCUGGGCAUCCGCCCACACAUCCUUGUGCUGAACAAGAUGGACCUUGCCGAUCCCCACCGGCAGCUGACAACCUUGGAACACCUGAAGCAGCAAGGAUGCUCGCAUGUUGUUUUCACCGAUUGUCAGCACGAUGGCAACGUCAAGAAGAUUGUUCCCCUGGUUGCCAAGCUGGUGGCCAACAGCCCACGCUAUCAUAGGGCCGAGAGCAACGAGUACAGCAUCCUGGUGAUUGGUGUGCCCAACGUGGGAAAGUCCUCUCUAAUCAACUCCCUGCGGAGGCUGCACCUCAAAAAGGGGAAAGCUACCGCAGUUGGUGGUGAACCAGGCGUCACCAAGGCAGUGCUAACCAGAAUCCAGGUCUGUGAGAAGCCCCUGAUGUACCUGGUGGACACACCUGGUGUGCUGCCCCCGAGGCUGAAGGACGUGGAGACAGGCAUAAAGCUGGCAGUGUGUGGAGCCAUCCAUGACCACCUGGUAGGGGAGGACAUCAUGGCCGACUACCUCCUGUAUGCCCUGAACAAGCACCAGCAGUUUGAGUACGUUCAGCGCUAUGGGCUGGCCAAGGCCUGCAAUGACAUCGAGACACUGCUGAGGCACGUGGCCCUCGCCCAGGGCCAGGUGCAGAAGGUGAAGGUGCUGACGGGCACAGGGGACGUCAAUGUGAAAAUGCUCAACUAUACAGCCGCAGCCUACCAGUUCCUGCGGGACUUCCGGGCAGGAUGCCUGGGCAGAGUGACACUGGACUGAGGCUUGUCCCAUGGGGGUGAGGCAGUGCCUGCAGCUGUGUGGGCUGGGGACACCUCAGCACAGAGCUGUGGUGCACAACUCGAAGUAGUUCCACUAGCACAGGCCCCAGUUUCAGGCCGUGGGCUGCUGCGAGGGGGUGAAGGUACAGGAUCCCCGCAGUCGGGCUGAGGCUGUGCCAUGACAGCUGCCCUGUGGUGUCACUGUGCGUGGUGACACUCUGCAGUGCCUGCCUGGGGCAUGGCUGCUGCUGCCUCCAACGUGACAAGACCCCCAAGAGUAAUUUCCUUGCUGUGGUGUUGGCCUGCUUGGUACCCUCCAUCCCAAAAUAAAGCUUUCUGGGGUGACAGCCUUCCCAAGGCCCUUGUCCACAA